AAGUAGUUUAGUCUCUAAAAACACACGGAAUAGAGAGAAUGAAAAUAUAAACAUUGUGACUUUUUAUUAGAUAGUUAAUGAGCUCCAAAACAGAUACUGUUAAAAAUAAUAAUACUUAUUUGGUUUCGUUUUGGUUUAUAAUACGUAUGUGCGUGUGUUUAUGUUUGUGGACACAUUGAAAAAAAUGAAAAUGAUCACACAAAUGUUACAAGUUCUUUGAGUGUUAAAUAUGACCUUUUGGUGUAUAGCCGUUUUGCUUUAGACGCUCUAUAAUAUAGAACCAUGAUUGUUGAUUCGCAACUUGUGUGGGUUAGAGACUCAACUGAGGGCUACAUUCAGGGCCACAUCUCAGAAAUUGGACCAGCUGAAUUCGAAAUUAUCCCCGUUGACCGAAAAUAUCCGAAACGAAUAUGCUCGGUAGAUGAUAUUUUUCCAUCAUGUGACAAUGACGAUAAAAAAGAUCACGAUGACAAUUGUGAACUUUUGUUUCUGAACGAAGCAACAUUUUUAGACAAUUUAAAAACUCGGUAUUUUAAAGAUAAAAUUUAUACGUAUGUGGCGAAUAUUUUGAUUGCCCUGAAUCCGUACAAAGAAAUCAAAGAUUUAUAUUCGGAGGCAUCAAUCAAGCGAUACAAUGGAAAAUCGUUGGGAGAAUUACCGCCGCAUGUCUUUGCAAUUGCGGAUAAAGCGAUUCGUGAUAUGCGUGUGCUGAAGAAAUCACAAUCGAUCAUUGUGUCGGGUGAGUCGGGUGCUGGUAAAACGGAAUCAACAAAAUAUUUGCUUAAAUAUUUAUGUCAUUCGUUGGCCGCUGCCGGUCCCAUUGAGCAAAAAAUUCUCGAUGCAAAUCCAAUUUUAGAAGCAUUUGGCAAUGCCAAAACAACACGAAACAACAAUAGUUCACGAUUUGGAAAAUUCAUUGAGGUUCAUUACGAUUCAAAAUGUCAAGUUGUUGGCGGAUAUAUAUCGCAUUAUUUGCUGGAGAAAAGUCGUAUCUGUACUCAAAGCCAAGAAGAACGAAACUAUCAUGUAUUUUAUAUGCUAUGCGCUGGCGCUCCGCAACACAUUAAAGAAAAACUGUGUCUAGGCAAACCCGAUGAUUACAGAUAUUUAUCCGGAUGUACACAAUACUUUGCAACCGCAUCAACCGAUCGAAAAAUAUCAGCUGCAAGCAAAUCAAAAUCGCAUCUGGCCAAUGGACCAAUUAAAGAUCCAAUUUUGGAUGAUUUUAAUGAUUUUCAAAAAUUGGACGAAGCACUGUCACGGCUUGGUCUGAAUGAGAUGACGAGACUUGAAAUAUAUGCGCUCGUUGCCAGUGUUUUACACUUGGGCAACAUCACAUUUGAAGAGAAUCCAGAAGAUGUUCGGGGUGGUUGUCAAGUUUCAAAAUCAUCCGAACAUACACUAUCGAUUACAUCUAAAUUGCUUGGCGUUGAUUCAUUCGAGCUACGGCAAGCGUUGGUGUCACGUGUCAUGCAAAGCAAAGGCGGCGGCAUCAAAGGAACCGUCAUUAUGGUUCCACUGAAAAUCUAUGAAGCCAACAAUGCAAGAGAUGCAUUGGCAAAGGCGUUAUACAAUCGUUUAUUUGAUCGCAUUGUUGCUAACAUUAAUCAAAAUAUUCCAUUUAGUUCUUCCACAUACUACAUUGGUGUUCUCGACAUUGCCGGUUUCGAAUACUUUACGGUUAAUUCAUUUGAACAAUUCUGCAUCAAUUACUGUAAUGAAAAAUUACAGAAAUUUUUCAACGACAACAUUUUGAAGCACGAACAAGAGCUGUAUCGACGUGAAGGAUUGAAUGUACCAGAAAUUCAAUUCACUGACAACCAAGAUAUUAUUGAAUUGAUCGAAUCAAAAUCGAAAGGAAUUUUUAUAUUACUUGACGAAGAAUCAAAACUACCCAAACCAUCAUUCAAUCAUUUUACAUUGGAAGUACAUAAAUCGUGGAAAGGUCACUUCCGUUUGUCUCUACCAAGAGCAUCGAAACUCAAAGCACACAGAACAUUACGCGAUGAAGAAGGUUUUCUGGUGAGACAUUUCGCUGGCGCUGUUUGUUACACUACGAACCAAUUUAUCGAGAAGAAUAAUGACGCACUUCAUGCUUCGCUGGAGGCUUUGGUCCAGGAGUCUGCCAAUCCAUUGAUAAAAAUGUUGUUUUCUGGAAAAAACAGCAAUGCAUCGUCGAGGGGAAAAUUAAAUUUCAUCUCGGUUGGUUCGAAAUUCAAUGCGCAACUUGGUGAAUUGAUGGAAAAACUAGAGAAAAAUGGUACAAAUUUUAUUCGAUGUAUCAAGCCAAAUAGUCGCAUGGCGGAUCGAGAAUUCGAAGGUAGUUUGGCAUUGACUCAGCUCAAUUGUUCGGGCACAACGUCGGUGCUUGAGCUCAUGGAAUACGGUUAUCCAUCUCGUGUUCCAUUCGCCGAACUGUACAAUAUGUACAAAAAGUUUUUGCCACCCGAACUUGUUAAAUUAGAACCGAAAGUAUUUUGCGAGGCAAUGUUACAUUCGCUUAAAUUGAAUCAUAAAGAUUUUAAAUUUGGCAUCACAAAAGUCUUCUUUCGACCGGGCAAAUUCGUUGAAUUCGAUCGCAUCAUGAAAUCAGAUCCAGAGAAUUUGAAGGCGAUUGUUAUCAAUGUUAAAAAAUGGUUGGUACGUUCGAGAUGGAUUAAAUCAGCAUUCUGUGCAAUUUGCGUCAUUAAAUUGAAAAAUCGCAUAAAAUAUCGCAACAAGUGUGUGUUAUACAUUCAAAAGAUCGUACGUGGUUUUCUUGCUCGCAAACAACAUCAGCCACGAUAUCGUGGUAUUAUUAAAAUUAAGUCGCUCAAAGAGAAAUUACGACGAUCCACCGAUAUUGUAAACCAGGUGAAGGGCAGCAAAGAUAAAAUUCUAAAGCAGGCAAAUGAAGUCGAGCAGUUGAUUGAUGGCUACGUUAAGAGCAUCCGAAACGAUGGCCGCAUCAGUCCAAAAACAAUCGAUAGAAUGUAUGAGGAUAUCAUCACCAAGAUUGAUAACUAUAACAAUUUGUUACAAUCAGAGCUGAAGAUGCAACGUCAAGCUGAAGAACAAGACAGAUUGCGAAAGAUUCAAGAGGCCCUCGAGCUUGAACGUAAACAAAAGCAGGAAGAGGAUCGAAGAAUACGCGAAGACGAAGAAAAUCGGCGAAAAAAAGUUGAAAUUGAAUCAAAACGCAAAAUGGAAGAACUGGAACGCAAACGUCAAGAAGACGAAGAUCUUCGAGCUGCGGUCGCACUGCAGGCUCAGUUGGAAAAAGAAGCCCAAGAGGACAAUGAAUAUCGUCAGCAAUUGGAGCAAGAGCGUCGUGAUCAUGAGCUUGCAUUGCGUUUGGCUCAAGAGACCAACAGUCAAGUUGAAGAUAGUCCGUUACUAAUGCGAAAUGAUAGGAGUGAUGUGACCUCGCUGAACAAUUCAAAUCGACUUAUCAGAUCAGAGAAUGUUCGAGCUCAACAGCAAAUAAACGGUCGACAAACGCAUGAUUUAUCAAAAUGGAAAUAUUCAGAGCUUCGCGAUGCAAUCAAUACGUCAUGUGAUAUUGAAUUACUUGAGGCAUGUCGUCACGAAUUUCAUCGCCGCUUAAAGGUGUACCAUGCGUGGAAGGCCAAGAAUCGAAAACGUACCACAAUGGAUGAGAAUGAACGGGCACCGCGAAGCGUAAUGGAAGCGGCCGCUCGAUCACCAAUGCGUGUUCAACCGAAGCAGGAAAUUAUUUUUUCCACACAUCGCUAUUUUCGCAUACCAUUCUUGCGGGCGAAUUCGAAUCAACAUGAAAAUGAUUCAAAUCAAAAUGGUUUGAAUUCCGAUUCCAAUAAACGAGGGUUGUGGUAUGCUCAUUUCGAUGGGCAAUAUGUUGCCAGACAAAUGGAAUUGCAUGAAGACAAACCACCGAUUUUGCUUGUUGCAGGUGUGGAUGAUAUGCAAAUGUGUGAAUUGAGUCUGGAAGAGACUGGAUUGACAAGAAAACGCGGCGCUGAAAUACUUGAGCAUGAAUUCAACAAGGAGUGGGAGCGUAACGGUGGUGGCAAACCACAAAUUCGGAAUCAGCACACUAAUUGAAUAAAUCCAAUUCAUUGUCUAAGCCUUAUUCUUCUUCGCCUUAAUUUGCUGGAUUUAUUUUUUCACUAUUAAUAUUAUAAUACACGUUUGUGAUUGAUAUAAAAAAACACUGAAUUUAUUGAUUUAAUUUUCAAAGUAAUGAAUUUUUCAUUUUGUUUUGUCGUUUGUACACGUACAUUUUAGUGAAAUGAUAUAGAUAAAAACCCAGCAAUUUGGUUUUAAAUUAAAUUUAUUUCAAAACAAAAGGAAACAAAAGAAAAAAAG